AACUGAUAAUAAAUAGUUCUUGCGACUGCGUGAUGUUUUGCGUCCCGCAAUCACCAAUUGGAAGAACUUGAACAAAAAAACAUCUCUCUCUCUCUCUUGAUUAACGUUAAUCUGACAUCUCUCGUGUUUCUGCUCUGCAACUAAUUCGCUAUCGAAAGUGAUUUCAGUCUGCGAUAUUGUACAGGCAGAGGUGAUUCAAAACUGCAGUCUCUCUUUCUCGGCGUGUACACUGUUGGCCAAAUCAGCAUGGAUUCUAAUGGUUUCAUUGAUGAGAAGGCUGAAAGUAAACUGUAUGUUGGUAAUCUUGACUUGAGAAUAACAGAGGCUGCAUUGAUUAAGAUGUUUUCUCCAUAUGGCAAGAUUGUAUCUGAGGACUUCUUGUGGCAUACUCGCGGACCAAAACGUGGAGAGCCACGGGGCUUUGCUUUUGUCCAGUUUAGCACCAAAGAGGAAGCGGAAUUGGCGAAGGAGAAGAUGCAUGGGAGAUUAGCUUGUGGCCGCCCAUUGGUUGUUCGUCUUGCCAGUGAGAAAUACCUGGAGGAAGCAGCACAAAAUUCUUGUAGAGCAGUAGGUGAGAUGAAGAAAACAAGCACUGCUGGUGGCACUUCUGGGCAGAUGAGUCGGAAUGCUAAGAUAGCUGCAAUAAAGAACAAAUUGAGAACCUUGGAAGAAGAGGGCUCUAGUGUGAAGAAGCAGAAACAAUCUGGCAGCAUAUUGGGUAACAGUCGUCUUGACCGUUUAUCAGGGGAAAGAUGAUGGGCAGGUUUGCUGAGAAAACACGAGUUGGAAGUUUGUUCACAAUUCCAUUUAAGACUGAUCAAGCGCAAUACAUUAUGCCUAAUUUCAGGAGUACAAUGGCGUUGAUGUGCAACUUAUAUGAUCAUUCUUUAGCCUGAUUUUCAUGUCCUCGAGUUUAUUCUAAACAUUUUGGGCUUAUUUGUAGCCUACCUAUUGGGCUUGGGACUCAUAGUUAGAUUGACUUGUUGACCACAGUUUGGAUUACGAAAUUCUGUGGCAUGCUAUUAUCAAUGGCAGGAGUUCAAUAUGAUUUUCUUGUUUA